AUGAAUGGAAAAGGACAAGGUGAAGAAAAAUGUGUAAUAUUGGGGCACGAUAAGAAUGACCGCGGAACUCAAAUCAAUCUCGGAUCGUUUUUCCUUCAUCCACAAAAUGGUGGCGGAUUCGAUAUGGGAAUGGGACAAGGAGCGAAUAUUCUCGGGUUUGGAGGUGACCGUAGCUUUAGUUUAGCUGGUAACAGAGCUGGAUUUGCACUAGGAUCAAACAACGGUGCCCUUGUUGGUGGUCAGCGUGUUGGUGUAGAUGGAGGAAUCGGCGGAGGUCGUGAAGGAGUUGAAAUGGGAAGUCAAGUGCAAUUUGGAAAUGAACCAAACCCUGGACAUCCAGCAGGACAGUUUGGAAGCUUUUUGGACAACAUGAAGAACUUUUUCUCUUUUCUCGGUCGUGGAAUGCCGAUGCCUCCUCAACAGCCACCACCAUCUCCACCAUUCUCGUUGGGUGUUACUCCUACUCCACCAACAUUGAUUGGAACCGAGGGAGCUGCUGGAGAAAAUGGAGGAAGACAUAAGCCUCGUCCAUGGUUUCCAGAACAAAGACCAGAAGAGAGACUGGAUGAGACCGAUAUGGGAAGUGAGAUAAGACCGAAAGAGGGAGAAGUAAAGUCUUUAUCAACUGAAGAAGCAGAGCUUAUUGGUCCCAACAAUGGAGAAGUUCUACGGAAAUCAGUGGAAUUCAGUGUGGAUCGGGAGCCAGAAGAGUUCACAGAAGACCUCUUCACUGCUCAAACAAGCCGACCGAGAGAACUUCCCGGACUUGUUGAGUUUGCGUAA